GCAGGGUUUGAGAGGCUGUGUACUCGUGCCUGCUUUUGUAAUGCUGCUGCCUUAGAGAGCUGACAAUUAUUGUCAACUUGUAAAAAAACCCAAAGCAACAGUCCUCUAAUGGAGCACGAGGCAUAAUUUAAUGACACAUUCAUAAAAAUGUCAUGUUUUUGUUUUUAACGUCGGGUAAAGUGGGGCUUGUGGUAACAUGGAACAAAGCUGAGAGAAGUAAUACUUAGCGAUAAAUAGCAUGAAAUUCAAAGGCACAGCUCUGAAGUUUAAAAGAAUCAAAUACUUAAAAAAAAUCCUUGGGAUUUGUAGAAACGAAAGUGAUUUUACAGGUUAUCUGGCCUUUUCUGUGGACGGCUUCAGAGACCAUUUCAGGAGUAAGGAAUGAAGUGGAAGUCAAGUGAAUCCUCCUGUGCCCUGCUGAGACGAAAUGACAUUCAUGUUUGUGGUGAAUGGAAGUCAGGGCAAUGUCUAACAUGGGAGGGAAAGACACGGAAGGACCAUGUGGCGUGACUCGUUCAGACUGCAGCUCUUCUGCCUGCUUAUGGCAGUGCUGGCUAUUGUGGUGCUGGUCCAUAAUUUUUUUCAGUUAGAGCACCUGGAUGAUGACGCAGUUUCAGGAUCAAAUUGGAUAACAGAGAACAAUGUCCAGCACUCUCUGUCACAGACAACCAAAACUACCAGGAAGCCUUACUGUGGGUACACGCAGCAGGCCUUGUCCAAAAGGGAACAAGCGGAGCAGGAAUCGUUGCUUGCUGCAAUACAGUGGCCAAAGCCCCCGGAUGGCAAAAUCGCCUUUGCACAGAGCACUGAUCCCACACACAGUGACUUUGUGAUUGUGAAACCCAGCAGGUUCUUCAAGGUGGGUGAUCAGUUAGAGGUACUCGUUCGUAUGAAGGAUUUCCAAGGAAAACCCAAGCAGUAUGGUGGAGACUAUUUACAGGCACGAAUUCACUCUCCCGGGCUGAAAGCUGGAGCAGCAGGAAGGAUUGUAGAUUGCCGUAAUGGCCUUUACAAAGUCUUCUUUACCUUGCUUUGGCCAGGAGAGGUCAAAGUUUCUGUGUCGCUUGUCCAUCCGAGUGAAGCAGUCCAAGUCCUCCUGCGCUUACGAGAGGAGAGGCCAGACAGAGUCUAUUUCAAAAGCUCAUUCAAGUCUGGGAGGUAUUCAGAAACUACAGAGUGCAACGUUUGCUUGCCUGGAGGUCUCCCAGUCUGUAACUUCACAGAUCUCUACACAGGUGAGCCGUGGUUCUGUUACAAGCCUCGAAAAUUGUCCUGUGCCAGCCGAAUCAGCCAUGCCAAAGGUGGAUAUCUGAAAGGUCUCCUGACACAAGAGGAAAGCCUCUUUUUCCAAAGUGAUGUGAACAUCAAAAGGCCGAUACUCUCCAGUGGACCUGAUUCAGUCAUCGUAAAGCCCAAGGCAUUUGCAGAUUCAAGCAGUAUGGACAGAGCUGAAGAUCCCACAGCUUCCCCUUCUGGUUAUUAUUAUGAAGACCAGUGGAGGUCCAGAACACAUUGGAUCCAUAAUUUUAACAAAUCAGAUGAUAUAACAGAGUGCUUACAAGGAAAAGUAAUCCACUUGUUUGGAGACUCUACAAUAAGGCAGUGGUUUGAAUAUUUGACAGCAUUUGUUCCAGAUCUAGUGGAAUUUAACCUGGGGAGCCCUAAGAACGUGGGUCCUUUCAUGUCCGUGGACCUGAAGCACAACAUCCUGCUGCAGUUCCGCUGCCACGGGCCGCCCAUCCGCUUCUCGACGGUGUUCACCAGCGAGCUGCGCUACAUCGCCAACGAGCUCAACAAUAUCGUGGGCGGCAGGAACACCGUCGUAGCCAUAACCAUAUGGUCCCACUUCAGCACCUUCCCCGUGGAAGUGUACAUCCGGCGGCUCAGGAACAUCCGCAGGGCCGUCGUUCAGCUGCUGGAGCGCAGCCCCAAGACUUCGAUCGUCAUCAGAACCGCUAACGUUCAGGAGCUCGGGCCGGAAGUGAGCCUCUUCAACAGUGACUGGUAUUCCUUUCAGCUCGAUUCUGUCAUGAGGAAAAUGUUCUCAGGAAUUGCUGUGCACUUUGUGGAUGCUUGGGAAAUGUCUGUGGCUCAUUACUUGCCACAUAACCUGCACCCUAAUGAAAUAAUUGUUAAGAAUCAAAUAGAUGCAUUUUUAUCCUAUGUGUGUCCUCUGCAAACUUAGCACAAAUGGGUGUCCCUAUGUUGUCUCUUGCUAUAGCCGAAGUACAGUUGCUCUUUUGAGCUGUGGAUUGAGGCCGGAUGAUACGGAGAAACUCCGGGUACUGUACUUGCGUGCAGGAUAAGUAGGGUGGCCUUAAGUCUGGGUAGCUGUGAAGGGUGGUAAAGAGGGGUUGACUCUUCAGGCCAUAUCUUCCUGCAAGGUUGAUUCCUUCAAGCUUAUCAUUCAUACCUGAGAUUAUUAGAGAGCACCUUAAAUUAAAUUGGCAGGAUUCCAUAAGAAGCUAUUUGGGUUAUUAGCUUUACUAGUUGUCUGCAUUCUACGCCUAAUUUAAUCCGUGUGACACUGAUUCUGUUGCCAGGGUCGUGUUGCUCAGAAUGGUGCGUGAAACCUGGGAAGGAUUUUGGGAGUGGUCUUUCUCUCAGUAUUCCAGAGCUUAAGGGCUGUCUCCUCCAGUUGUGUGUCAGAGAAGCAGAGUGUCUGUUCUUGUUUCACAGUCCUAACUAGAAACAUGAAGGGAGCGUACCAAAGUCACAAAUAAGGAAGCACAAUCACAGUAUCUGUAGAAUUAAGUCAUGAAGAAUUUGCUGAAAUUUAAUCAGGCACACUAAUUAGCCACCUUUGUUGUUUACAGAUGGCUGCUAAAUAGCUCAAAUAGCCGGUAUUUUAGUUUGGUUUCCUGUACUACUGAUUUUUUUUUUUUUUUUUGAGUUUUGAUACACUGUCUACUUCUUGGUUUACUGUAGUGAGGAUAUGUGUGUUUUACAACCUCAGUGAAAAUGCCAUCUCAGGCAGUUUCUGCAGGUUCAAGUUGCGGGCGCACCUACUUGAAGCUUAAAGCAUUUGCUAGUGAAAGUGUUUCAUUUGCCAGUGACCGAGUUUCCAUCCCCUGCCAGCUACCGCUGUUCCCUUGCGGGCUGCCGGCGAUGGCACUGGUGCGUCCUUCUCUCGCUGCGUCUGCGCGGGGAGGCCAAGUGACCCGAGGGCCCCCGCUGUGCUUUGGCUCCGGUGGUCAAGGCCAUGCAGUGACUGCUCUUCAGGAUCUGGCAGCUCUGUCAUUUCUUCAGGAGCUUCACUGCUGCAGUAUCAAAGGUGGAACACCCUGCACCCAAAAGCCAAGCGCGCCCAGGGUUGCCUUCGUGGAUCUGCUUGGCACAGACCCAGGUUUGCUGGGCUCAGAGCUGGUGGCUCUGCGGCCUCCUGGCCAGGUGUUUACUGCUGCUUAUUUGAUUGAACCUGUCUACAGUUUUAACUAGAAGCACUUUGAAAACAGUUUUUUUUAAACUCAACUCCCAGAUUAAACCGUAGAGAAGUGUUCCAUGCUGUCUUAUUUUUGGUUCCACCCAAGCUAAAGCCAGUCUUCACUGGCUUGUGUAAAAACCAAGUUGAAUCUUUGUGAGCAAACUGAGAAGAUUAGUAAGGCAAAUUGGCAGGUUGCACAGAGUGAAAUAAUCAAAAUGUCCUUCUGUUAGAGAAGAUUGCUCCCUUGUUGGGUUUGCUGCUCUCCUAAGGAGAGUUGUGCUCUUAUUGCCAGAGCCCUAAGAGAGCCAAUGCUACCAGCUACAGCAAUUUCUUAUUGUGUUUAUUUUAAAGGGCAACUGAGAAGUGGUUUAAAAACAAAUAUAAAUGAUUUUAGCAUGUAAAAGGCAUCAGUGUUAUCCAUCUAUAAACUUAACAGUUUAAACAUGUCUGGAGGAAUUGUGUACACUGAAAUAGCACCUAUUCUUAGCUUUUCAAAUCAGCAAUUAAGAGGUCCAAUUUGCUGGUUCCCACCGACAGCUGCCUCACACAGCAUCUGCCCGUACAUUAGCAUCAGGUAACUAUUUCUUACUUCAAAUGUAUGGCAAUGGCAAUUUAUCCUCUGCUAAAAAGAGACCACACCAAUUCAGGUCUGGGAAAGUAAACUACCACAAUGGAAAAUUACCUUUCAUCUUUUCCAGGUGUGAUUUUUUUUUUUUUUUUUUUAUAGGUAAAGACUUUCAUCCUGAAUAACAACUCCAUCCUAAUAAUACUCAUGGAAAUAGGACUUCAGACUUACUUUGAAGGAAACCACUUAAUUUGUGGACUGACCAUUAGAUUUAACUCAUAAAGCCAUAUUGUGUCUGAAAAUGUUGUGGCUGCAUGUGUCUUCUCUGUGUGUUGUAGUGCUUGCUACUGCUCUUCAACAGCAGCUUUAUAUCACUGUUAGCUACCAAGCACAGAGAGAGAAGGAAAUAUUCUUUUGAAUGCUUUGACAGUUGAGGGAAAGAGAACAGGCCUGCUGUUAGCAAAGGUGUCUAAUUGCCUUCUGGUAGAACCUCAUCCUUUAGAUUAAUUAGAUUAAUUUUUUUAAGUAACAGGUGAAGUAACUUAUCGGUAAUGAACUUCAGGGAAAUUGCCAGUUGAUUUAGAAUGAGGAUCAAGGUUUUAUUUCUUUGGACUCUGAAAUAGACAGGGAAGAGAAAUGAAGAAACUGAGGAUUUACCCAGGCUAGGGAAUGCUGUGCUUUUAGAUGUCAUUCCAGGUGAUUUAUGAACAAUUUUUCAUUUCUAUUCUCAUCUUGUUACUGUUGCACCAGUUGUGUAUGUACAGGAUAGGCAAAACAGAAGCAAUAAAAUAUUUUUAAAUAAUUUUCUUUAAACUUCUAAAUGGAUUUUAAUAGGGACUUAGGUUAAGAUACUGGUUAUUUUUGAAGUUAAUUAAUGUGAAACAGGACUGGAAAGGAAUUCCUCAGCAUCUGUUAAGCAUCUUCCUCGACACAAAAAAUUAAUUCACAAGGUUUUUCAAAGCCCCGUCUUCCUUUUCUUUCCAUUUUCUUCCUUUGUAAGGAAGAAAUUGUAUUGAUGUUUUUAUUCUUGUACUGAUCAUUUUGAUUAUUAAUCUUUCAAUAUUUUUUUUUAAUUUCAUCAUUCAAAAUCCAGCUCUCUCAAAUUCCAGUGAAAGAAACUAUUUUUAUCGUGUUUAUUAGAAGAUUUCAGAAUAAUUUUUAAAUAAAAUUAGUAAACUCCAUUUUUUAUAUAUUAGUGUUGCACUGUAAUAUUUUGAGAGUCUUGUUUCUCAUGUAUCUCUUCUUAGGCUGAUUUUUUCCUUCUAGAAAUUUAGUAAAAAUAUUAGUUGAAUUGUUGAUAAAAAGGGAGGAUAUAAAACAAAAGUUUCCCUUUUUUCAAGUUUUCAGUUGCUUCUAAUUUCAUCUGCAAUGCAGCACUCCUUCGUGAGAUUUAAAUCACUGUUUUUCAUUGUUUUACUUGUUAGAGGUAAGCAAUUAAAAAUGGAAACUUUGCUUACCGCAAGUGUCUGUACAACUUUUUAUGUACUACAGGUGACAAUUUCAUGUGUACAUGACAAAAACGAAGGUUUGAAGUUGCCUUCUAGAGGGGGGGAGGACACUGGGGUUUUGUUUUGGUUUUGUUUCAGAAGUAUGCGUUAAAACAUUCUUCCAUUCAUGACAGUUUAAGUAAUAGCAAAACUUCAGUCACAAUUCUGUUUUUCAUUUAUAAAGCACUUACUCCUUAAGUUCAAAUCAUUUCAUAUAUAUUUAGACUGUUUGGAAGGCACUUACUUUGUGUUGAGAGCAGUGAAGAACUCUGUGUGUUGGAGAAAGAACUUGUUUUUUUCUAAUAUAUGUAUGUUAAUGUAAUGCUUACAAUAUGCAGAAGGCUCUACUGUCUUAUUUCCUGAUGUGAUCAGAAAAACAAUUUAAAUAGCCAAAAAACUCAGAGAACGAAAAGUUCUUAAUAAAGAGGGCAAGUUUACUUGAACCAUUUAAUCUGA